CGGAAAUGCAAAAGAUAAGACUGGCCAUGGUGGAACGUAUGUUUCUUGUUUUUCCUCGGUUUCAGUCACUUAACUAAACCUUAGUCUCGACGACGUGUUUAGCAUUAGCCACAUUACGGACUCAAACAUCAGUUUUCGAGUCUUACCACUCGAUGAUGUAUUGCGAUCUAUUUUUAGCCUAGCCUAGCCUAGCUGACCAACUGCUAACAAAGCUGCAAAGCACGUUGUCAAUCGUUCAGAAAUCAAGUCAGGAAAAUGUCAUCGAGAACGACACCGGCUGCAGUAAAGUUCCAGGAGGAACUUUGUGGAGUAAAAGAGGAGCCCCCACAUCAGCAACCCUCGACUGUGUGCGAAAUAAUGCACGUAAAGGUUGUUCUUCACAGACUAGAAGAUCUAUAUGUUAGCCAAGCCCAUCGUCUUGAGCACCAGGAGUCUGCAUGCAUCAAGGGGGAGGAGGAAGAAUCUCCAGACAUCAAGGAUGAAGAGUCUGUUCACAUUCAAGGUUUCAGAAAAUAUAUUGGUGCUGAGACAGAAUCUCCUGGCGUUAACGAGUAUGUUGAGCUCCCCCAAAUCAAAGAGGAGGAGGAGCCAGAGCCCUGUCAACAGAGGCAACUUCCAAUCAAAAAGGAGGAGGAGGAGCUGCCAUAUGGUAAAGAGGAGAUAGAGGAGGAGCAUAUCACCAUGUUGACUAGUGAGCCCUUGAAGAGUGAAGAUGGUCCGAGUGAGGCCGGCAGAGGGGCGAAGCCUCCAAGCAAGGGGAGUAGCAGCAGCUCAACAGAAGGAUUGCAAGCAGACAUUGACAUUGCUUCAUCAGACAGAGAUGGCGCCACGUCACACUCACCUUACAAUGAUGAUGGUCAUAAGACAUCUCACGGUGACGACAAACUCUGCAAAUGCUCUCAGUGUGGGAAAACCCUUGCUACCAAGCAAAGUUGUCGAAGACAUAUGAGGAUCCAUACUGGUGAAAAACCUUAUGUUUGCUCAGUUUGUGGAAAGAGUUAUGCUCAUUCAGGAGACUUAACAAAACACACAAGAACCCACACUGGCGAAAAACCUUUUUCCUGCUCAGUUUGUGAUCAACGAUUCGCUUGGAAGCAACACUUAAAACGACACACAAGAACCCACACUGGCGAAAAACCUUUUUCCUGCUCGAUUUGUGAUCAAAGAUUUGGUUGGAAGCAACACUUAAAACGACACACAAGAACCCACACUGGCGAAAAACCUUUUUCCUGCUCGAUAUGUGAUCAAAGAUUUGCUCGGAAGCAACUCUUAAAACAACAUACAAGAACCCACACUGGCGAAAAACCUUUUUACUGCUCAGUUUGUGGUCAAAGAUUCACUCAAAAAGAUAGCUUGAAAAUACACACAAGAAUCCACACUGGAGAAAAACCUUUUCCCUGCUCGAUAUGUGGUCAAAGAUUUGCUCGAAAGCAACUUUUAAAACAACACACAAUAACCCACACUGGCGAAAAACCUUUUUCCUGCUCAGUUUGUGGUCAAAGAUUCAGUCUAAAACAACGCUUAACAACACAUGCAAGAACCCACACUGGCGAAAAACUUUUUUCCUGCUCAGUUUGUGGUCAAAGAUUCAAUCAAAAAAAUAACUUGAUAAUACACACAAGGAUUCACACUGGAGAAAAACCUUUUCCCUGCUCAGUCUGUGGUCAAAGAUUCACUCAGCAGCAACACUUAAAAGAACAUACAAAAACACACACUGGCGAAAAACCUUUUUUCUGCUCAGUUUGUGGUCAAGGAUUUGCUCGUAUAGAAACCUUAAAAAAACACAAAAGAACCCACACUGUCGAAAAACUUUUUCCUGAUUAGUUUGUGAUCAAAGAUUUGCUCGGAAGCAACUCUUAAAACAACAUACAAGAACCCACACUGGCGAAAAACCUUUUUCCUGCUCAGUUUGUGGUCAAAGAUUCACUAGAAAAAAUAGCUUGAAAAUACACACAAGAAUUCACACUAUAUAAUAAUAAUAUUAUAGGCCUGACAAUAAUAACCCUGAUAUUUACAACUAUCUUGUCCACACAAAAUCAGCCUAUUCUCACGAAAGUUUGAAAAACUUUAAGAGCUUGGAGGCUUAUAAAUGCUACGUUGCUGGUUGGGUGAAACAGGUCCUCGUACACGAAAAUUCGGCAGGAAUCUUGUGCUCGGAAGGUGAGUUACGAAAUUUUCAAUUCAAAAUCUUUUGUUCUUGCUAACAUCCACGGUCAAGUCUAAUGUAUUCCAUGUCAUUUGUCAAUGGAGCUAGGGCUUUUAAUGUUUAUAUGGUUUAGCGAUAGCACUCACUACAUACAUACGUGUAUGUUGUCGGCGAUUAGCCUAGCAGUGAUCUUAAUUGUGGUUGUCAGCCCAAAACCCUCUAAAUAUAUAUUAAAUGCAUCUUACCAGAUAUAAAAUGACUACUACAUAAUCUGUGGUAAUCGUUUGGAGCCCAGUUUUCUUGUCGAAUUGCAGCAGCCCAUCUCGCUCUCUCCUCUCCGUGUCUCUCGGAAUCCGGUAGAACUUCAAGUCUCUCAGUCUUCUCCGUCUAUCUUCUCUGUUAUUGCAACCGACACAAACGCACAUCGAGGUACUAUUAACUUUGCAAGGAGAGGUACUAUGAGUCAUUUUUCGAGUGUCCCAGAGCUCGCGAAAUUUGGGGGGAAAAAAGCGCAUUUAUCAAAGUUUGGUCAGCCGUAAUUGCGUAUAUCCGUCAGCCGAAACAGUCUGAUCGCAAAGAUAAGUACACCUGCCCCUCGUUGUCGAAGUUGGCGCGCCGGUGUUGUGCCGAAAAAUCGCCACUCCGCGUGAAAUGUCCUCCCUGACGGUAGUGCCCAUGCAUCACUCUUACAAAUAACUUUUUCUUACCAAUCGAUGGACACGGAAACGACUUUCUUGUACCGUGAAUAUGUAUAAUUUUACUCUGCUUGAACUAAUAAAUCUUGUACUGUUACCGGCGCUCUGAAAAUAGAGCAAGGCUUUAUUUUGGGCCCCGCCUCACCACGCAAAUUCAGUCAAACUUUGCUCCAAGACGGCCGUCCACCGCUCAUUUUCGCUGAAAAGUCCGAUCCAAACUAUUGUAAUGCGGAUGUUAUUUCAAUGUGACCGGCGUUGUCAGAUUGAGCAAAGAGGAAGAAAGUGGGCGAGCGAGCGAGAAGGAGCGAGAUCGGCGAGUUGGAAAAGUGCGCGGCUAGCGCCGAGUUGAGUGGCUUCAUCCCCCACGUUUUUGUUUUGGUCAAUAAAAGUGUCCUUAAAGAGCCAUCCGACGCCUCUCGGUGUUUUAUGCACGCCGCCGCAUUCCCAAGGACGAGAUCGGACGAACCCAGACGAAACGACGACAACGAGCCAAGUGAAUCGCCGGUGAGGAGUUGAAAACACCGCCAAUUUCCAAAAAGGGCAGAGAUGGUGACACGUGAAAGCGGCCUAAAGCCAAAAAAGCGGACGAGAAUAACCAGAGCCUGGAAUUAUUUCAAGGAAAAUAUGGAGGGUGCCACUGUGUGUACUCUUUGCUAAGCUGAGCUCGCAUACCACGGUAGCACGUAGGCUAUAAACGAACACUUGAAGCGCCAUCACCCAAGUAUAAUUUUCGAAGACAACAAGAAACAACAAGCUAGCGGAUUGUGAGUCCAUACAUCUCUCUAACGAUUUUUUUAAAUGGAAGUUGCCUUUAUGUGCGUCGUAUCAACGCGCAUUUUUAUUUAAUAAAAUAAUUAAUAUAAUUAUAUAUUUUUAAAAAUUAUUAUUAAAUUUAUUAGGAUCAUGGAAGCUCCCACUUCGG